AAGCUGCUGCGCUGAAACACAUGGGGCUUGGAGAGCAUAAAGAAAGGCAGAGGAUUCCCCAUUCCAGAUACCAAGAUUGUAACAAGAAAAACUGCUUCAACUUUAAAUCCCUGCUGCUACAAAGAAGAAUUUUUAUAUUACAGAGCCAAUGCAAAUUGCUGUAUUGAAGAUUUAACUUAAUUUUUAAGUGAAGAUUGACAGCUUUAUGAUUACUAAUACAUAUUAAAAAUAACUUCUGACUAAGGCAGCAAUAACACUGCUAAUAUGUGUUGGAGCAUUUAAUAUUCUGCUAUUACACUAUAUACACAAACAUUUGGAAUGCAAUUGCAAAAUAAAUUAGAUGGCAGUUUAUAGCAGUAGAGAAGAUUGUCUGUAGCAAAACUGCAAGAUGAAUGAAGAUAUAGAUUUAAGAGGUGGCAUCUGGUGGUCCCUGCUAGCACUGGCUCUCUACGUGCAUUCACCUGCACUUGGUACUGUAGAGGAAGCAGUAAGAGUUGAUAGCCGAAACCCCCUGUCUAUGGCACUGCACACUGACAUAUUAUCUUUCACUGAAAAUAGCGAGUAUUAUAUUGUUGAAGCUUAUGAGGUUGACAGAAAUGGAAAGUUUAUCACACAUGACAUAAGCCACAAACACAGAAAGAAGAGAUCAGCUGAAAAAGUAGAGACUGAUGCUGUUCAUCUCAAACUUCGUGGAUUUGGGCAGGAUUUACAUUUGGAACUAAAGGUUACUGACAGUUUGUUAGCACCUGGAUUUAAAAUUCAAAGAUUUGGAGAAGGAAGGACUAAAUCCAUAGAUUCAUUCUCAUCACAAGACUUCUGUUUUUACCAAGGCUCUGUAGUGUCCCAUGAAAAUUCAUCAGUAGCUCUUUCAACUUGCAAUGGCUUGUCAGGUUUAAUAAGGACACAAGAAGUGGAAUAUUUUUUGAAGCCAAUGCCUAGGCAUGUAGCACUCAAACACAAUUACUCUACAUCAAAUGGCCACCAACAUCAUGUUCUCUAUAAAAGAUCUCUUGACAACCACCUGUACAAGGACCAUGAUAUUAAUAUGGUUCAAAUGCAGCAAGAAUUGAGAAAUCAGAAAUGGCAACACUUGGAUACUCUUUCUCCUCCUAACAGUCAGCAGGAAGUGGACCAAAAAUAUGAAAGGCCUGAAAAACAGCACUAUUGUGGAAAGCGCAAGAAAUAUAUGCCAAAACCUCCAAAAGAAGAUAUGUAUAUUUUUCCAGAUGAAUAUUGCUACCAAGGAAGAAAGAAGCGAUCACUUAAUAAGUUAUCAAAAAAUAAACAACUAAAUGUGGAAACUCUUGUGGUGGUUGACAAGAAGAUGAUGCAGAAUCAUGGCCAUGAAAACAUUACUACCUAUGUGUUGACAAUACUCAAUAUGGUAUCUGCUUUAUUCAAAGAUGGAUCAAUAGGAAGGAAUAUUAAUAUUGCCAUUGUCGGUCUAAUUCUUCUGGAAGAUGACCAGCCUGGCCUUGUUAUUAAUCACCAUGCUGACCACACACUGAGUAGUUUCUGUCAGUGGCAGUCUGGCCUUGUGGGAAAGGAUGGCAGCCGGCAUGAUCAUGCAAUUCUGCUUACUGGUUUGGAUAUAUGUUCUUGGAAGAAUGAACCAUGUGACACUUUAGGAUUUGCUCCAAUAAGUGGCAUGUGCAGCAAAUAUCGCAGCUGUACAGUUAAUGAGGAUACAGGGCUGGGAUUGGCUUUUACCAUUGCUCAUGAGUCUGGUCACAAUUUUGGCAUGGUUCAUGAUGGAGAGGGUAAUAUUUGCAAGAAAUCUGAAGGUAACAUAAUGUCGCCAACAUUAGCAGGACACAAUGGCAUCUUCUCGUGGUCAUUUUGUAGCAGACAAUAUUUAUACAAAUUUUUAAGUUCUGCUCAAGCAGUUUGUCUUGCUGAUAAUCCUAAACCUGGGAAAGAAUAUAAAUAUCCUGAAAAGCUACCAGGAGUGUUAUAUGAUGCUAACACACAGUGCAAAUGGCAGUUUGGAGAAAAGGCCAAACUCUGCAUGUUGGACUUUAAAAAGGAUAUAUGUAAGGCACUUUGGUGCCACAGAGUUGGAAGAAAAUGUGAAACAAAGUUUAUGCCAGCAGCUGAAGGCACCAUAUGUGGGCACGACAUGUGGUGCCGAAGAGGCCAGUGUGUGAAACAUGGAGAUGAAGGUCCCAGACCCACAGAUGGCCAGUGGUCAGAGUGGUCAUCAUGGUCACCUUGCUCAAGAACAUGUGGGGGAGGAGUAUCAUACAAAGAACGUCAUUGUACUAACCCAAGGCCUUCUCAUGGUGGUAAAUUCUGUGAAGGUUCCUCACGAUUACAUAAAUUAUGCAGCAAUCAAAGUUGUCCCAAAAACAGCACGGAUUUUAGAGCCCAGCAGUGUGCAGAGUAUAACAGCAAGCCGUUUAGAGGCUGGUACUACAAUUGGAAGCCCUACACACGAGUGGAAGAACAGGAUUACUGUAAACUCUAUUGUAUUGCUGAAGGAUUUGACUUCUUCUUUUCCCUAUCGAACAAAGUAAAGGACGGAACAACAUGUUCUGAGCACAGCAAUAAUGUGUGCAUUGAUGGGGUUUGUGAGACUGUUGGAUGUGACCACCUUCUUGGCUCUAAUGCAGUUCCAGAUAUCUGUGGUGUGUGCAAAGGGGAUAAUUCUACAUGCAAGAUUUAUAGAAAUCAAUACACAAAACAACACUACUCUAACCAGUAUUACUGGAUAGUCACCAUUCCUGCUGGAGCACGCAGUAUACGCAUUAAUGAAAUGAACAUCUCUACCUCCUAUAUUUCCAUAAAGAAUAGUCAGAAAAAUUACUACCUCAAUGGACACUGGACUAUAGACUGGCCUGGACAAUAUAAAUUUGCAGGCUCAGUGUUUGACUACAAGAGACCGUUUAAUAAUCCAGAAAGUCUGAAUACAGCUGGACCCAUAAAUGAAACACUAGUAGUUGAGAUACUGCUUCAAGGUAAAAACCCAGGAAUUGUGUGGGAAUACUCAAUGCCAAAGCCAGAAAGUAACAAAAAGCCAGCUAUAAAGCACAAUUAUACAUGGGCCAUAAUUAAAUCAGAGUGUUCUGUCUCUUGUGGAGGAGGCCACAUGAACACUAAGGAAGGGUGUUACAAAGACAUGCGUGUUCAAGUUAAUACUUCUUUCUGCAGUGCUAAGAAUCGACCAGUUACUGGACCUCUGCCAUGCAAUCUACAAGCCUGUCUGCCUAGGUGGUCAGUUGGCAACUGGACAGAAUGCAGUCAAACAUGUGGUAGUGGAGAACAGUUUCGACAAGUUCAGUGCAAACAAAAAAAAAAUUUCAAACUGGAGACUGUGCCAAAUAAGCUGUGCACUGUGCCUCCUCCUCCUCAUAGCCGGAUAUGUAAUAUUCAGGGCUGUCCACCAGCAUGGAGUGUUGGAACAUGGUCAGAAUGUUCCCGAACAUGUGGCAAAGGAUGGAAAAAAAGGACUGUUGUUUGCAAGAGUUCAAACCCUUCGCUUAAUGCCCGGGUCCUCCAUGAUAGUGCCUGCACCACAGAAUUUAAGCCUGUAACACAGGAAAUCUGUAUAAUUAAACGAUGCAACAAACCUAAAAGACUUCAGUGGAUCAUUUCCAACUGGUCAGAGUGUUCUACCACUUGUGGAUCUGGGUCCCAAAGAAGGACACUAAAGUGUAUAGAAAAAUAUGUUUCUGGAAAAUACAAAGAGCUUGGUCCAAAAAAAUGUUCACACUUGCAAAAACCAAACAUGGAGCUGGAGAAAACUUGCUUGCAGGCUGAAUGCCCAAAAUAUCCCUUCUACUCCAUGGUCCAUCAGCAAAGAGGUUCCUGGUACUUUUCUGACUGGUCUCAGUGUACUGUAAGCUGUGGCGGAGGUGUGCAGGUUCGCACUGUGCAGUGCCUUAGUAAUGGAAGAGCAGCAGCAAGGUGCCCUCCCCAUCAAAAACCAGGAUUAUCGCAAACCUGCAAUACUGACUUUUGUCCAUCUGAAAAGAAAGAUAAUUUUUGCAACGAUUACUUCAAUUGGUGCUACUUGGUCCCUCAGCAUGGCGUGUGCAAUCACAAGUUUUAUGGCAAGCAGUGCUGCAAAUCAUGCUCAAAGUCAAAUGUAUAAACAAUAGCUUGUCAUUAUGAAAAGUAAAACAUGCGAUUUCCAUGCUUGGUACAAGGAGAUGCAUUGUAAUGGACAAUUUUCAGGCAUAUAAGAACCUUUUUAAAAAAAAUUUAAUCUGAGAAUGCUUUUAAUAUAAAAGGUCAAAAUCAAAUAAACCAUGUUCAUAGCCAAAACAUUUAUUUUCUGCUGACUAUUUUUAUGCUGGAACCUACAUGGAAGCUUUCAAAAGAAAAGUAUUGCAUUAAUAAAGUGUGGACUAAGUUUUACAGAUAAUUUUGUCCCACAUACUGUCUGUACGCUGUAAUAAGAACUCUGCUAAAGAGACCUGUUUGUGAGGUUCCCCCUUUCAACAUGCCAUUAAAAUAACACUUACUACAGCUGGAUUCAGGCAGUUAUAAGUAUAUUUUAGUUAAAUACAAGUUCAAUUACAAUUUUACUGCCUGCUGUUUAAAACUUGGAACACCAAAUCAUAUUGUAACAUUUUAUUCAGUGUUGUAACACAGCAAACAUGAGACCGUAAUUUUACUGUAUUCAAUCUGCUGGUUCACUUUAAAACAAACACAAAACAAAUGGUGCUAACAAUAGUUUCCUUACUGCACUGGCAUUUUUUUAAUAAAAUAUGAUAUUUCCAAUUUACACUUACAUAUUACAGGUUUCUAGAUGUUUACUUUUCUAUUUCUGUAACUUUAAAAAAAUUUUGCUGUUUUUCAUCGAACACCUUCACCUUUCUUGAUACUUCAUUUUACAACUUCUCUAAACAUUUAUUAUUACCAUUUUACCAGAUGGAACAGUUGAUUAUGUAUAGUUAUAUAGUUAAAUCGGGUUGAAAAAAAACAAAGUCCAUCAAGUUCAAUCCCUUCAAAUGAAACCCAGCAACCAUACACACACCCCUCCCUACCCUCACAGAAAUUAUAUAUACCCAUACCUAUACUUACUAUAGAAUUUAGUAUCACAAUAGCCUUGGAUAUUAUGUUGGUCCAAUAAAUCAUUCAUCGAUUCGGAAAUCCGAAUUGAUCCCGCCAGCAAUUCUAAUUCUUGCCGACGGGAAGGCAGUGUGGGGAGAUUAGUCACCCACAGUAGAGGAGCUUUGUUGCUGGACGACUAAUCUCCCCGUUUUACAGUGCCCAGAAAUAGUGAUGGGCUGGCUAAUUAUUGAAAACACAGUCUGUAUAACAACUUGGAAACAAUAAUCUAAUCUAAUAACCCAUGGGAUAAAUCCUUUAUCAGCAGUUAUUUUAGCUGUUUCCAGAACACAGAGUACUGGUUAUUAGGUCAAUAAAAACAUCUGUCUUUUUUAAGGUACUUCAACAUUGCAGGACAAGGUUACCUUACUGUCAAAAUCAUUAUACAAUACUGUUUAUUUGUUCAACAAUAGAUUUUACUGUUAAAAAGCUGCACAUUUUAUGGCGAUAAUCUAUCUGGAUAUUAGUUGGUGCUACAUUGGAUAUUUCUGUGCACCCUUCAUUUGAAGGGAUUUUUUGCCAAUAAUUGCUGACUUAUCGAGUAGGGUUACAUCUUGUAAAAGUUAUUGCUAAAUAUUUAUAAAUUCAUUUUAAUAAACUUUUUUUU